AUGUCAGCACAUUCUGGAGACGAACUUGAAAUUGAUAUUAAAGAGCAAGAUAGAUUUUUGCCUAUUGCAAAUGUUGCACGUAUUAUGAAAAAAGCACUACCAGAGAAUGCAAAGAUUGCAAAGGAAGCCAAAGAAUGUGUACAGGAAUGUGUUUCAGAAUUUAUAUCAUUUAUCACAAGUGAAGCAAGUGAUCGAUGUCAGCAGGAAAAGAGAAAAACCAUUAAUGGAGAAGACAUUUUAUGGGCAAUGCAAUCACUUGGCUUUGAAAACUAUACAGAAGCAUUAAAAAUUUACCUCGCAAAAUACAGAGAAGUAUGUAGCUAA